AUUACUAUUAUUUCAUUAGGUAUUCUCACCAUGAACUCAAUCAUGCGUCUUCGUUGUGUCAUGUUAUUUGCAAUUUUUUCCUUUGGUCUCAUCAUUUCAUUACAUGCUGCGUCACCCCCAAGGACAUCUUCCCCGGAUACGCCUCCCUCGAAGCGUCAUAAGUCCUCCGAGGAGGCAGGCAACGAGGAGGCAGGCAACAAGGGGGUGGGGGACGAGGGGGUGGGUGACGAGGUUGAGGAGGAAAAGGAUGAGAAGGACGAGGAUGAGGAGGAUAGGCCCUUGGAUGAAAAUGCCAUUGACGAGGGUUUGAACAGUUAUGACCCGAUAACAAGUCUUCAAUGUAGGCUUAUUGAACCUUAUUUAUAUAAAUGUUUUCAAAAAGAUGAGAAAACUGAUGGUUUUAACUCACAUGAAUUUCAUCCAUUCUAUGCUGAUGUCGUCGAAGAUGCACAAAAAUUAAUAAUAGCCGGCAAAGAUGGCGACGCAAGCGAAAAGUUAAUCACUGCAACACAAGCUAUGGUGGUUCUCGAAGAAGUCGACUGUGCGGAUGUGCUCGAAGACAAAGAAGCAGUGGAUAGUAUGUGGGAAAAUUGGCAUGAUGACACAGUCACAGACCAAGAAAAAGAGGGUAUUCUAAAAAAAAUAGAAGUUAUCGUCGAAAAAUUCAUAACAGACGUAAAGAAUAAAAAUUAAUAAAAAAAAAAAAUUCAACAUUUAUAUAUUUAAUUAACAAUGUUUUGUUUUAUAUAAAGAUAAACUUUAAAUGAUUGUUGUUAAUUGUUAUAUUAUAUAUUUAUGUUAUUCUUUUGUCAUAUACGAGAUAUUA